CCCAUAAAAGGACCAAAGUCUCACACAUGCAGGAGCCUCAGCAGAGAAAGGUUCCUGCCAUUACUCAGCUAGCAACUCUCAGCUCCUGCCUGGUGCAGAGGGAAGACCACCAUGACCCAACUGGGAUUCCUGCUGUUUAUCAUGGUUGCUACCAGAGGUUGCAGUGCAGCUGAAGAGAACCUGGACACCAACAGGUGGGGCAAUUCUUUCUUUUCCUCUCUGCCCAGAAGCUGCAAGGAAAUCAAGCAGGAGCACACAAAGGCACAAGAUGGUCUCUAUUUCCUGCGCACGAAGAAUGGUGUCAUCUACCAGACCUUCUGUGACAUGACCACUGCAGGUGGUGGCUGGACCCUGGUGGCUAGUGUGCAUGAGAACAACAUGCGUGGGAAGUGCACUGUGGGUGAUCGCUGGUCCAGUCAGCAAGGCAACAGAGCUGACUACCCAGAGGGGGAUGGCAACUGGGCCAACUACAACACCUUUGGGUCUGCAGAGGCUGCCACAAGUGAUGACUACAAGAACCCUGGCUACUUUGACAUCCAGGCUGAGAACCUGGGCAUCUGGCACGUGCCCAACAAAAGCCCCCUGCACAACUGGAGGAAGAGCUCCCUGCUGAGGUACCGCACCUUCACUGGCUUCCUGCAGCACUUGGGACAUAAUCUGUUUGGCCUCUACAAGAAGUACCCAGUGAAAUACGGAGAAGGAAAGUGUUGGACUGACAAUGGCCCAGCAUUACCUGUGGUCUAUGACUUUGGUGAUGCUCGGAAGACAGCCUCUUAUUACUCCCCCUCUGGCCAGAGGGAAUUUACUGCAGGAUAUGUUCAGUUCAGAGUGUUUAAUAAUGAGAGAGCGGCCAGUGCCUUGUGUGCUGGCGUGAGGGUCACUGGAUGUAAUACUGAACAUGUGCUUCUCUGCCAUUCGGUAUUCCUCAGCACUGCAUCGGUGGAGGAGGAUUCUUCCCAGAAGGUAACCCCGUGCAGUGUGGAGACUUUGCGUCAUUUGAUUGGGAUGGAUAUGGAACUCACAAUGGGUACAGCAGUAGCCGGAAGAUAACUGAAGCAGCUGUGCUUCUGUUUUAUCGCUGAGAACUCUGCGGGAUUGGCCCUGACUUCUCCAUUGUGGGCUCCAAGGCAUGAGAAACACUGACUUAGUAACUGGAAUGCUAAUGAGCAAUAAAGCAGGAUAAAUCAUGUUCCUUGCAAA